AUGGCUGGCAUUCUGGACGAGUUCCUCGGCGGCCUGGCCGUCCAGAUUCAGAAUCGGGAUGGCGCCAAGUUGCAGGAUUUCCUGCAGAUUGAGCCUCCGCUAUCAGACGCCUACCAGCGCAUGAUUCAAGAGCUUCGAGAACGGUAUCCAUCGGGCCCUAGCGAUUCGGAGCUUCUACAACGAUGCGAGGCGCUAGUACCGCGCACCAAGGGUGGCUCAUCUUGGACAGCUUUCCCGGCCUUCAUGAAGCUCUAUUUUACGUUCCUGCGCGACGUCAAUACCGAUAAUCUGCUUGAUACGUACAACCAGCUGAAGGGACUACUCAAUCAAUGCGUGUUAGCGCUUGGCGACAGCCAGAUGGGCGUGAUCGUUCUCCCCACCGUUCUCUACCUGUCGAAAGUGCUGGCCAAGCUAGCAAUGGGAUUAGACCGCCGGCCGGAACUAAUCGCGCAUAUCUUACGCAUGGAAGGAGCUAUGGAUAACGAUGAGAGUGUUGAAAAAGUGACAUUGGUGGAGCAGUCGGCAAACGUGGUGCGCGAAGCCUUCAUCAAGUGCUUGACAGAUCGCACGGGGACACCAGGCCCACAGGGAAAGCCCGAAGGAAAGCGUGUUGGCAUCUACCUUAUGGCCAAUCUGUGCCUCAAACUUCUCUUCCAGUGCGGCAAGUUGCGAAAUGCCGAACAAAUGUUCGCCAGUAUCAGCGCCCAGUCCCCUCCUUUGGCUUAUUUCCCUGCUUCACAGCGUGUGACAUACCUUUACUACCUCGGCCGUUACCUAUUCUCCAACAACCUUUUCUAUCCCGCUCUCAUCGCCCUCCAAGCCGCGUAUGACCAAUGUCACCGCCAAGCUAUCAGCCAACGACACUUGAUUCUUGCGUAUCUGAUUCCAUGCAACAUCAUCAUGGGCCGAUUCCCAUCCCGGAAACUACUACAACGACCGGAGGCAAGCGGAUUGACCGACAAAUUCGAACAUUUGUGCCGAUUGAUCGUUCGCGGCGAUUACAUCGCUUUUCGAGAGUAUUUCUCUCCCAGUUCACCCGCCGCCGAGUGGUUCUCCCGCAAAGGAAUCUUGCUCACACUGCGCAACCGAUGCGAGAUUAUGGUGUGGCGGUCAUUCUGUCGGAAGGUGUUCAUUUACAGUGGAUUCCAUGGGGACCCGCAGGCGCAGGCGCAGCGUGGUCCCCCGCCUUAUCUUUACCUCGAGAAAUUGACGAUAGCCACGAGGUGGCUUCAGUCCCAGCAUGGGCAGACCCAGCAAUUGAAUGGAGCCAAUCAUGCAACACCUAAAUUUCACUUCUAUGGUUCCCAGAUCAUUCCCGAGUCAACCGAUCCCGACUUUGGCGGUCUUAACGGCUCGGAGACCCCGACAGCACAGCAACUGUUGGAGAAAUAUGGCGACUAUCUCGCGCCGGACGGAUUCUUCGACGGAGGAGGUCAUUGGCAGGACAACAUGCCCGGCCAAUUGAUAGAUGGCAACCCGGGUGCUGAUUAUGAUGCGUUUGAGCUGAAUCCCUACGCCGAGGCCACAGAAGAUGGCCCAGACGCAGACAAGCAGUCUUUGCUUAUGGACGAGGUCGAAUCUAUCCUUGCCUCACUUCUCACUCAGGGACUUAUGCGUGGUUACCUGACUCAUCGCAAUCCCCGCUUUGCCAUUCCUGGUGCUCGGCAACGGGGUGCCUUGCCGACAGGCUUCCCUAAUAUCUGGGAGACGAUCUUCGCUCGUGAAAGAGAGGAUGACAGUGUCCCUGGAUGGGUCCGACCUCCACCUCCAGGCGCACUGGGCGCUGGGGGUGGCCGAGUGGUGAAUCUGUCAGGCGCACGACCAGUUGGCGUGCAAUGA